AUACGAAAAGCAUAAGAAAGAAAAUGAUGACGAGAAAUUUUCUGCAAAACCCCUUUCUCUUUCAAUUUCUCUAAGAACUUGAAUGCCAUGGAUUCCAUUUCUGAAACUGGUGCAUUGGUUAUCGAGGCUGGUGCUAGUGGAAACCUUAACCGACUCAAGGGUGAAAACAAUUAGAAAGAAGGUGAAAGAUGAAAGAGAGUUCCUCAAAAUAUGCGAUGAAUGCAGCGAAUUCUCCACUGGCCGGACUGUCCUGCAUCACGCGGCUGCAAUCGGACAUUAUGAGAUUUGCAAAUUCUUGAUACAUAACGUCAAAGUUUAUGUCAAUCCCAUGGAUUACAAGAUGAUUACUCCUGUGGCAGAGGCUGUGAAAGGGGAACAUGUCAAAGUUGUGGAGUUUCUCAUCAAACAUGAUGCUGUAAUUGCUGUUGCAGAUGUUGAGGGUCUCACUCCCUUGCACUUAGCUGUUCUAAAAGGUAAUCGGGAGCUUAUCGAGUUGUUGCUGGUGAAGCGUGCUCAUAUAGAAGCAGAGUCUUUGGAUGGAACACCUUUACAAGUUGCUGUUUCUUGUGGAAAUGCUGAGGCUGUCAAGUGUCUCUUGUCUCAUGGCGCAAACCCAAACCGUUUUUAUGAAGUUGUGGACUGCCCUCUUGUAUGUGCAGUCAAGUCUCGCUCAUUUGAAUGCAUGAAUUUGCUGCUCGAGGCUAAAGCGGACCCAAACUUGUAUCUAAGUGGGUUAAGUCCUUUGGGAUGUGCUGCAAAAGAAGGCGACACAAAAUUUCUCGAGUCUUUGCUUAAAGCUGGAGCAGAUCCAAAUUUAGCUGAAAAUGUUAUCUAUAGACCUAUUGAGGAAGCUGCAUUGGUGCAUAACCGUGCAGGUGUGGAGAUUUUGUUUCCAGUGACUAAACAGAUUACACAUUUCCCAAAUUGGACUGUCGAUGGCAUAAUCGAGUACGUUCAUUCUGAAGAAUUUACAAUAAUGAGUACGGCGAGAUUGCAAAGGAAAUUGAAUGCAAUAAACUUCCGAGCCACAAAGUACACGGGGGAUAAGAAUUACGGCUAUGCUGUCCUACAAUAUAGACUUGCUUCUAGUUUUUAUCAGUAUAACCUCUCGUGGGUAUCAAAGCGAAGCCUGUGUCAAGCGCGCUUGGGUAUACGCAGUCAUGCUCUGUUUGGUGCUCGGAAAUGCAUGAAACUCCUGCCAAACCUCCCCGUCCCUCGCCACGGAGAAAUUCCUGCUGGAGCUAAUAUGAUAUUCAAGAAAUUCCUCAAGGCCGGCCUCACCUUCACGAUGGAUCCUUACAACGACGUCGCGUGUCGUGCAUUUAGAGUUUGUAUGUAUGAUUACUUUGCUUGGUUGAGCCAGAUUAAUACCCUGGAAGAGAUUUUGACUUUUAGAGAUCAUUAACACUGUAGAAUUUCCCCAUUUGAUGUAGUACAUAAUAUUGGAUCAUAUACUAUUGUCACACUUGUAUACAUUGCUACAUCUUUUCUUCUUUGAAUAUAUUGUUUCCAACUGAA